AUGGCUACUCAAAGCACUACCAACCCGGCCGUGGCCAACGGCGUCAGUAGUUCCCCGACCACGUCUUCCCGGACGGGGACAUUCUACUUUGCAUACGGCAGCAACCUUUCGCCUGUCCAGAUGUCGCUUCGCCUCCAGCACUCGCCGUCAUCCAGUGUGCCCGUUGCCAUCGCCCGACUCGACAACCACGCCUGGAUAAUUUGUAAAAGGGGAUACGCCAACGUUGUCGCUUUGCCUGAGGGGGGGUCCCAGAACGUGCAACAGCUGCCAUCGGCCCAGGAAGCGUCUCUUGCGACGGCGGCGGUGUCUCCUCACAACGAGGACCCUUCAACGUCCUCGUCAGAGCCGCCCGAGGAUUCAGAAAGUGUAGUCUGGGGCGUCUUGUACAACAUGCACCCGACCGACGAAGCCAGACUGGACCUCUACGAAGGACACAACGAAGCGCGGAACCCGACACCGGUACCCAACACGGACAAGGACACGGUGCACAUAAAAUCCCACCUCCAGGGCGGGUGGGACUACAAUAAACAUUAUUUACCCGUGACCGUCACCAAGUGGCUCAGGGGUCCCAAGGAGUACGGGGUCGGUCAAGACUCGGGUUCGGAUUCAGAUUUUUCACCAGUGGAGGAGUCGUCGUCGUCGCCGUCGUCGCCGUCGCCGUCCGUGGUACGCGCACUCGUCUACGUCGACGAGUUCCGCACGGAGCCCGGCAAAAUCGUGCACGAGUACAUCGGUCGUAUGAACAGGGCGAUCCAAGAGUCUGUCGGCCUCGGGAUCCCGGCGGCGUGGGUCGACAAGGUCAUGCGCAAGUUCAUACCGGAGGGGAUAUACGUCGAAGACCAUGCCUACGUGGGUACGGAUGAAGGGUACGUCGAGGGUGAAGGGGACGAGGAGGACCUACAACGACGAGAGGAACGACGACAAGGACAGGAGCAGCAGCAGCGGCGGCGGCGGCAAGAGUAA